UCGAACAAGUCUACUUGAUAUAUCGGUAUGGUGAUGUACCGUAGGCGAACUCGUGCAAUUAACCAACAAGCAGUGGCGGAGCCAGUAAAAUUUCCUUAAGGAAUACUACCUAUAAACAAACUAUAUAUAAUCUCCAGAAAAUCUUCUAGGACUAUAACCUAGAGGCUCCUGAGCUGCCAGAGGAUCCGCCCUUGCCCCCAGAAAGGCUAUUGUUGUACCUUCGUGUCAUCGCCAAAAUGUCUCGUUGAUGUUUUUCACCCAUCGAUCUUUCUUCAUUAUAUAGAUGGUUGUUUGUUCAAGAUGUCGCAUCUUUCUUAUUUAUUUUUAACUGAUAAGGUAUUGACAUGUAUGUAUUCAGUCAUCCAUAAAAUGUAUAUGAGAAAAAGUUUUAGUGGUUUUAUUCAUAGACCAUACUUUUCAAAAUGACCAUGCCCAUCUGGGAAAUGUCAGGUACAUGUGGAAAAUUCUAUUUUUGAAAAUAAAUAAAAAAUCUUGGAGGUAACAUUUGGUAUUCAAAUUAAGAGAGAGAAUAGUGCACCAACGUGCACUUAUACCAACAAAAAUGGAUAGUUGGAUAACAAUAAGUAUAUUUUUUUAUUAUUUAAAAAAGAUAGCCUCAACAAAGAAAUAAGAGAACACCAAAAACAGACCAGAAUAAUAUAGUAGAUUUGGGUAAAGUGUUUUCCACACUUUUCUCAUUGAUGUAUUUCAAUCUUAUAUACAUGAUUGCUGAUCAGUUUAGUUCCUGGAGAUCAGCCAUUACAAUGAAUUUGCUGAUCAGUUUGGAUCCUGGAGAUUUGCAGUUACACCUUAACGUCCUAAGAUUAAGCAAUGUACAAUCAAGACAAUCAGAUAUCAAGCAAUGUACAAUCAAUACAGAAAGAGAAAUCAAGGUAAAUUAGCUUCAUUGCUUAUCAAAUAGAACAUUGUAUCUACUCGAUCCGAUACAGUUUUAGUUUUUCAAGAAACAGUUCUGUCCAUAAUGACAGUGACUAGGGAAGGUGGACGAGACUGAUGAUUAGAUGAUGACUACGAGUCGUCUAUGACGAAACGAGUUUGAUUACAAAUAAAACACAGACAGAGCCCUGAAGUUCGGAUCCUGUAGGAUUAGGUCUUUGUUUCUUUUGGUCCUCAUGAAAACCAGAACCUCAUCUCCAGCGUCAAGAAAUAACCGACACGUGUAGCGUCUUGGUUCUUGAAGGGCUUUACAGCCACAUACCUAUAGCAACAUGCACGCUGUCACCUGCGUAAAACGUGGCUUCAUAUUUCAAACCAGAAACCUGUUAGCCCCGUGUAGGCGUGUAACUGUUGUCUGCUCUGUCUUUGUUGAUUCUGCAGCAUCAGCAUCUUCGUUUCUUAGGUUAGAGAAAGAUCUCUUUCUGGUUAAUUAGAGAGUGUUAAGUCUUUCUGUUUUGGGUUAAUCAAAGGAGUAGAAUGAGCAGUUGGACGAAGCUGGAUGAGGAUCUUGGACCGGAGCGCGGGGACGAUGAUUUUUUAACAGAUGAUGAAGAGAACCAAGCACACAGAAACAACUAUGAGCCUUCCGAAGCCGAAACUGAAUCUGAAGUAGGCAGACCUGAGGGCAUUGCCAUUAGUGCACCUAACAAUAAUGCAUGGCCUCAGAGCUACUGGCAGUCCAUCGAUAUGUACACCAAUGUCAUGACUCCUCCUUCCCUUCCUUCCCUUACUUUUAUGCGAUCAAGAGGGCCCAGUUUCAGCUCCUUGUCUUCGUUUGUUAAGGGGCAACAAGCACCUGAUGAUAAUUCUUCACAGCUCAGUAGCAAAUUACUUGCUUCCGAAGCAAGUUUAGAAAAAGAAGGGCUUGCAGCAUCAUCUCCCCCAACUCUCUCCGCAAAAAAUUCAGUCUGUGAAUUGCCACCGCCAAAGGAACAUAGUUGUUCAUUUUCACAAGCUGUACUCAAUGGAAUCAAUGUCUUGUGUGGGAUGGGACUUAUUACAACACCAUAUGCAAUAAAAGAAGGAGGGUGGUUGAGCCUCAUUUUACUUGCAUUGUUUGGUGUGAUAUGUUGCUAUACUGGAAUUUUAUUAAUGCGAUGUUUAGAAAGUUGUCCCGGACUCCGAACCUAUCCAGAUAUUGGCCAGGCUGCUUUUGGCUCUACUGGCCGUUUAAUUCUAUCUGGUGCUUGUGUGGAGUUUUUGACGAUGAUGGGCGAUAACUUAGCGGCAAUAUUCCCAAACACCCACAUAGCAUUUGCAGGAAUCCAUCUUCAAAGUCAUGAAAUUUUUGCCAUCACAGCGACUCUUGUAGUUCUUCCCACUGUAUGGCUUCAAAAUCUUAGUUUGCUCUCUUACCUCUCAGUUGGAGGAGUAGGUGCAUCGAUUCUGGUGGCCUUUUUAUUGCUGUGGGUUGGGGCUGUGAACCAAGUUGGCUUUCAUCACAGUGGAUCCGCCUUAAACCUUUCCGGUUUGUCUGUCACAAUUGGUAUAUAUGGUUUCGGCUACGCUGGUCAUUCAGUGUUCCCAAAUAUCUACACAUCUAUGAGAAAACCAUCUCAAUUUCCAGCAGUUCUACUAACCUGUGGUGCCUUUUGCUUCUUCAUGUAUACUGGGGUAGCAAUAUGUGGCUAUCUAAUGUUUGGAGACUCGGUGAGGUCUCAGUUCACUCUAAACAUGCCCGAAGAAUUUGUUGCUUCAAAAAUUGCAGUCUGGACAACAAUUGUGAACCCGAUGACAAAGUAUGCCCUCACAAUAACGCCCGUUGCUCUGAGUUUAGAAGAACUCUUUCCUGUAGCUUGGAUGGGAUCUCAUUUGGCUUCAAUCCUUACAAGAACAGUUCUAGUUCUAUCAACUUUGGUCGUAGCGUUGAGCUUUCCAUUCUUUGGUGCGGUGAUGGCAUUGAUGGGAUCCUUACUUGCAAUGUUAGUGGCUAUUAUCUUCCCAGGGGUCUGUUAUCUCAUCCUACUUAAAGGUAGAUUAACUAAGUCGCAGAUUACAACUUGCGUUUUCGUUAUAAUGCUGGGGGUGUUGUGCUCUAUUAUUGGCACAUAUUCAUCAAUUACAAAAAUAGCUGAACAAAUGGACUAAAAGGGAACAGUAUCUUAGUUAUUUCUACUUGGAAAUUGCUUUGGUUGAGUGCCAUACCGUAUAGCAUCACAACUCAAAUGAGAGAUUUGCGUAUACGAGCUCUCGCGGGUGCUUCUUCCUUUAAUCAACACGUUACACAUGUAUUCUAGCCAAGUAGCCAUUAGCCAAUAGUGAAAGAUCUUUUUCAGUUACAGGACAAGAUACUGAAAGCAAAUGUUAUGAAUGUGAUGGAAGAGUUUUCUUCAUUUAUUAUUAUACAACAAUUGGUUAUUCUUCGGUCGAACUCCAAUGUAAAGAUCUCUCAUUUAUAAACAAAAGAUUUACACAA